GUCACGCGUAAAGAAGUUGCAUGGUAAGUGGAGUCCGAAUCUAUCGUGGCUCUUGGCUAUAGUGUUCGAAGUAGAUGGUGAGUUGUAGGCUGAGUUUGCCUUGCAGCAGGUGCUCCAUAAUUCUUCGUAAUGCAAGCCACACGCACUGCAGGGAGCCAAGUUCCCGUUCCAGGCCCGGUAACGAAUGUUACUUCCGAUCAGGAAAGGAAAAAGAAUCGAUCUCGGAAUAUACGUCAGUUCACCGAUAACCUUGUUCCCUCGGGGAGUCCGUGUGUGAUGUGGACAGAUGUGUCUCGGGCCCAACACUAAGUUCAUAGAUAUUAACCUUGUUUUUUCUCGUUCUUUCUUGAUUUUUGACACCUUCCUCAUUUGAUGCAGAUAUCAACUACAGUCGUGACUAGAUACGCCAGAGACAAAGGAAUCGGUUCCGUGCUGAGCAAUUGUCACCGACCGCUUAGUUUCCUUUUGAUCCCUGGUAAGCGGCAAAAUGCGUACCUGUCUGUCUGAUCUGCUCGAAGAGCCAUGUCUUUGCAAGACUUCUUCCCUGACGGGAACGAGGUCUAUGCUGCUUUAACAUUGGUUUUCCGUCCCUUACCCUACAACUGUAGGCACUCCAGUCAGACACUUCAAGUUUGACUUUGGUAUAGCCAACAAAGCCUCCAAUAUCUCGAUAGACUAGAUGUAGAAGAAGCCCUUUGUC